AUAACUGAUUUAGGUCAUCUGAAAAGGAGGCUGUACCUAUCCACGGUUCAUAAGGAGUUUUCUGCUACACCCUUGCAUGCAAGGAUACCUUUUGGUCUGAAACGCAACGUUGUGAGUAUUGCCCUCGCCUCCACCGCUACCAUAAGUAUAAUAUAUCUAGGCUGCUUGUGACUUAAGAAAGUGCUGCCAAUUUCUACCAGUUCAAAAUAUACUAUCCCAGCUAACAAUUGUAGGGAGAGAGAAAUGUUUUGUAAUGUUAUCCAUAAUGUUCUUCUGAUGUUUGAGUGUUCAGUUUUCCGUUAGUUAUAGGAACAUUCUAUCUAUGUUAGCAGAAAAACGUCUGAGAACCUAUUUAGCAUGUUUGGGUGUUAGUUAGGACAACAUUUCCUUAAUGUCAAACAUAACUUACCCAGAACGUGGUUACCAUGUUCUCAGAAUAUUCAAUAUUAAUGUUCUAGACACGUUUCAUGGGAUGUUGCAAGAACAUUUAGGUGUCCAGUUUUCUGAGGGUUAGGAAAAUACUCCAUCAACGUCACACCAAACAUACACAGAACAUGGUUGCCAUGUUCUCAGAAUAUAAGAUAUUCAUGUUCUAGACACGUUUCAUGGGACGUUGCAAGAACAUUUGCGUGUCCAGUUUUCUGAUGGUUCUGAGAAUAUUCCAUCAACGUCACACCAAACAUACACAGAACAUGGUUUCCAUGUUCUUAGAAUGUAAGAUAUUUAUGUUUUAGACACAUUUCUUGGGAGGAUGCAAGAACAUUCAUGUUUUCAGUUUUCUGAGGGUUAGGAGAAUAUUCCAUCAACGUCACACCAAACAUACACAGAACGUGUUGCCAUGUUCUCCAAAUAUAAGAUCUUAAUGUUCUACACACGUUUAAUUGGAACAUUGCAAGAGCAUUCCUGUGUUCAAAGACAUUUAAAACAUAGGACAUUCUGUUAUGGUCCCCUGGAGGUUUUUGUUUAGUUCCCGGGUUUUUCAGGAUGUCGCCUGAUGGUUCCAAAGAAACGUCCCCACCAUUUUAAUUGAAAACAAUCACAGUAAGGUACUUAAUUGUUACCCACAAAUGAUUUGAUAUUGAGAUUAAAAACGUCUGCAUUGGACCUAUAAAGGAAUGUUCUCUAAAGUUGUGGGAACGUUUGUUGUUAGCUGGGAUAUUGCUUCAACAAACUUUUUAACAAAAAAAAACAGGGACAAGGAGGACAGCUGUCAACCGUUUAAAUUGCGUUAGACCCUCUGAACAAAACAAUUUUCUUCUCUUCCUCUUUUCUCAUCUCUAGUGGUGCAACAUGUGCAUCGACCUUGUGUCAUUCACCGGUGAGCUGUUUAAAGGUGCAGGGUUCUUAUCCUUGGAUGGAAUCACUGUCUCUGCCAGCUGUAAGUUACGGAGAAUCUUCACCAUGAAGACUGAGCCUGCAGGGGCUUCUGAUGGAGGUAAGACAUUCAGUCAGUCCAUCAGUCAGUCACACCAAAACACUCUAAACGCUCCAUCAUGGCAAGACAUGUCUUCUUCCAUUGUCCAUUCCAUGGAUAUUAAACUGUAAAUUUUUAUUCUGAUGAAUAUUAGGCCUUUUUGAAAAUUGAUGAUUGGCCUACCACGGUAGGUUGCUUAAACAGUCAUGGUAAGCUGAUGUGUAUCAUGUGAAUAGCCUCUUCCUACAUGGUGAAUCAAUGGCAAACCCCAGGGUGAGUCCAACCUCACACCUCCAUCCCUCACAGAGCACCAUGACAGUGAUGUUUGUUGACAACUGAUAUGGCACAGCAACGCCUGUAGCUGCAGAUUACUGGUGUGUGUGUGUAUGUACACCGCCUGCUAAUUCAUCUGGAAAAAGGGAUAGGCCUGGAUUUAUUUGUAUUUUUAUGAAUUAUAAUUCAAAAGCUUAUUUUCUCUUCCUCGAGAAAGCCAAUAGCUCCAUGAUUAUGUUUUCAGCUAGAUCACUUUUGGUUUAUUUCAUUCUCUUGUUUUAUGCAAAGUGUUUUUUGUUUGUUUUCCCUCUGGAGACCUAUAUAUUGGUGGAAAUGGUCCCAUGGACUCGAUCCCUCGGAGCUGCCAGUUUCCCCCUGACAUCCACCAGGUGAUCCAGGUGAUGAACAUGGAGAGGCUGAGACUGGCAGACCUGAAGACUGGCCCUAUCAACUAUGAGUCUGGUAGGUGAGACAACAAAUCUAUGAAGUAAAUAGAUAAAGAACCUACAUCCCUUCUGUGAAGUGUUGAAUACAAGUAAAAAGGGAAGUUGCACACUCAAAAUCAUGUAUGUGUGUGACUUUCUUCUUCGUUUGAGAGAACAAAUGUAACAACAUUGCACUCUGUGUUUAUUUCUAAUGCUCCUCUUUAGUUGGAACAAGCACGUUAUGGUUGGGAUGGAGCUUGAGUUCUUGUUCAUCUGAGUUCUUAAACGUCAAUAGCUGACCAAGUGAUUGUCCAAUAAUAGUAACAACAACCCAGUAAUACAAAACAAUCAAAUCAAGUCCAGUAUUUAUUUUCAUCAAACAGUUCAAGGCGAUGUCCAUCUUUGACCAAGAAGCAAAUAAUAAUUCAGUUCAAUUCAUUUCCAUAUAAACCAGACUUUUCCAUUUGUUUCAAACAGACACCAGUAAUUCUCUGAAAUUGGUUUGCCCUUUCUGGCUCCUACUGUUUUUGUUUCUCUGAUUGGAUAUGCUUCAUGACUGGCUAAACUCAGCCUCAGACCCCCACCACUAACCAAAGUAAAGAUAGUCCCAUAGUUGCAAACAGUUUUCUAUUUAUUGAAAGCAGCAUAUUACUAAUCUUUAUCUUUGAAAUUGAAAAUGUGUUUUGUUUUUCAAUAUGUCCAUAACACGUUUAAACACAAUAAACAGUCUAAUAUAGAUUGUGCUUUUCCAGACACUUUUGUUGCAUGUAAUCAUGUGCUUGUCUCUCAUGGCUUACAUACUAAUCUGUCAGUUCAAUAAUCUCCUGUUGAUUCAUGAGCUGCUAUCACAGAUCGUAUGUAAAGUCUAAUAGAGUUUCUGAGGGAUUAAAGACAUAAAGACAGGGCCUUAAAGGCAUACCCAGGAAGACAGCAUCAUCAGAGUACAGCAACAUCCAUGUAGAUUAUGUGGCUUUACAAAACCAUUCAUCCAUAACUUUGAAAGGCGGUCAAAGUUCCAUUGUUGUUGUUUUUUUUGUUGUUGUUUUUUUACUGGUUGAAAGCAAUGAAAAACCAGAACAGGCAGUAAGUAGUACUUUAGAGGACUUUACUUUAUUCUCAUCUAAAAGCUUCCACUCUGCUGCAGGCGGCACAGUGUGAUUGUUGCACUCUAAAACCCAGGUGGCCUUUGGAAUGAGUGUCGCACACCACCCCGCACCUGUACACCCAGAGAGAAAGAACAGCAAUUAUAUGUGUUUAUGAGGAAGAAAGACAUGCGCCAGUGAUUCAGCAGCCCCACUCUGUUCCCCUACAGACAGACAGACAGUACCUCUGUGUGGCCUUUUUAUCAGCACAUAUUUAUUUGUUCUGACAUCUGUCUCCAGCAUGUUGAGUCACUUGGCCGUGCCAUUAGAAAUGAACAGUAAUCACACGCACACACACACACUUGGACGCAUGCAUGCAUACACACACACACACACACCAAGAGAGAGACACACAUUCAUACACACGCAAUGCGCACACACACCCGCGCACGCACACACCAUUCGUUUUCUUGUAAAUUAGUUAUCAUAAUUGGUUGGUCGAGUUAUUAGCAUAACAUGCCUAAUAAUGAUUAAAAGGGAUUGCUAUUAAAGUAGACAUCCAAUCUAAUUGUGUAAAAAAGACUGUUGCUAAUUACUGUUGCUUGAGUUUAGUACAUUUGUCAGCCAAACAGCAAAUGAAAAGAUGAAACAUUUAUAGAGAUUUUUUGUUGUUGUUGAGAGCAGUUGAACCAAUUAUAUGCUGGGUUGUUGUCUUUUCACCAAUGGUGUAACCUCGUCUUUAGGUUAAUCCAAUUAUCAUUAGGCACUUUGCUAUGGAAAAGUGUAGGCGGGUUGUUCCCUUUUGGGCAGUAUGGUGAAGAAAAACUUUUUUAUUUCGCCUAAUUUUAAUAUUCUGUCAUAACGAGCACAUGUUCAACUUAAAAAAAUAACAAUCUCAAGAGGUUAAAUAUAUACAGUACCAGUCAAAGGUUUUGUCAGUGUUUUGAGGUGGAUGUGGUGUUGGAGUCAGGCGCAGGACACAGAAGCUUAGUCCAAACAGACUUUACUUGUCAGCAAAUGACAAUACAAAAUAAAGGGCCUCAAAUAACGGAGGCGAGCGAUACGCAAAACAGUGCGUAAAACACUAAACAUAAGCGAUGCGCAAACAGUGCGUCAAUACACUUAAUAACAAGAAUGCAAAAUCCAAAACCUCAACGGACAGGCGUACAACACACAACUACAAACAAAACCAAAGGAAACUUAUAGGUGACAUAAUCAGGACAGGAUAAGACACAGGUGCACCAAACAGACAAAACCAAACAAACACAGAGAACAUCAAACGGUAGCAGCUAGUACUCCGGGGACGACGAACGCCGAAGCCUGCCCGAACAAGGAGGAGGAGCAGCCUCGGCGGAAUUCGUGACAGUACCCCCCCCUUGACGCCGACCCUGGCCUCGGGGACGGCCAGGAGGACGUGGAGCAGGGCGCGUAGGAUGACUGCGAUGGAACUCAGUCAGGAGGGAUGGAUCUAAAAUGUCCCUCCGAGGCACCCAGCACCGUUCCUCCGGACCGUACCCCUCCCACUCCACGAGAUAUUGUAGACCCAUCCGACGUCUCGAAUCCACGAUGGACCGGACUGAGUACGCCGGAGCCCCCUCGAUGUCCAGUGGGGGCGGAGGGGUCUCCCUUAUCUCACUCUCCUGGAGUGGACCAGCUACCACCGGCCUGAGGAGAGACACAUGGAAUGAGGGGUUAAUAUGAUAGUCAUUGGGCAGUUGCAACCUGUAACACACCUCAUUCAAUCUCCUCAGGACUUUAAAUGGCCCCACAAACCGCCGGCCAAGCUUCCGGCAGGGCAGGCGAAGGGGCAGGUUUCGAGUCGAGAGCCAGACUCGAUCUCCAGGGGUGUAGACUGGACACUCACUGCGGUGGAGGUCGGCGCUCGCCUUCUGCCUGCGGAUGGCCCGCUGCAGAUGGACAUGGGCAGCGUUCCACGUCUCCUCCGAGCUCCGAAACCACUCAUCCACCGCAGGAGCCUCGAUCUGGCUCUGAUGCCAUGGUGCCAGAACCGGCUGAUAACCUAACACACACUGAAAAGGGGUCAGGUUAGUAUAGGAGUGGCGGAGAGAGUUCUGAGCCAUCUCUGCCCAGGGGAUAUACCCCGACCACUCCUCCGGCCGGCCCUGGCAAUAGGAUCUCAGAAACCUACCCACAUCCUGGUUUACUCUCUCCACCUGCCCAUUACUCUCCGGGUGGUAACCCGAGGUAAGGCUAACCGAGACCCCCAAGCGUUCCAUGAACGCCCUCCAGACUCUAGAGGUGAACUGGGGACCCCGAUCAGACACUAUAUCCUCGGGAACCCCGUAGUGCCGGAAGACGUGGGUGAACAAAGCCUCAGCGGUCUGUAGGGCAGUAGGGAGACCCGGCAUAGGAAUGAGACGACAGGCCUUAGAGAACCGAUCCACAACGACCAGAAUAGUGGUAUUCCCCUGGGAGGGGGGAAGGUCCGUGACAAAGUCCACCGGGAGGUGAGACCACGGCCGUUGUGGAACGGGCAGGGGUUGUAACUUCCGCCUGGGCAGGUGUCUAGGCGCCUUACACUGAGCGCACACCGAGCAGGAGGAGACAUAAACCCUCACGUCAUUAGCCAAUGUUGGCCACCAGUAUUUAACACUAAGGCAGUGCACUGUCCGGCCAAUACCUGGAUGUCCAGAGGAGGGUGACCUAUGAGCCCAAUAAAUGAGCCGAUCACGGACCUCGAGCGGCACGUACGUCCGACCCACUGGACACUGGGGGAGUAGGGUCAGUGCGUAACGCCCGCUCAAUUUCCGCAUCGACCUCCCGCAUCGACCUCCCAGAAACGACUGUAUCAAAGCAACAAAAUAACUAGGGGUUUACAAUGAUGGUGAAAACUAUAAAAAAUCUGAUUUAUUGAAUUUUCCAUGUGGUCUAUAUUAUAGGGCACUUCAAAUAUUGGUGCAUAAUUUCUACUUAAAAUAUCAAAAGGACGCAAAAGGGACUCAUUUUGUGGAACGACCCAGGCCUGUAAGUGUUGGUGUUUCAAACCAAUCAGACUCAGCUUCUGCAUUUAUAUAAAGGAAGCUAUGGUGCUUAUUUCCCACUCCCAAUAUUCCUCCGAUUAGUUAUACCACAGUUUCUAUAACAUAGCUAUGUCCGCUUUUCAUCAAACUUGGGUGAAAGGGGUGUAAUUUAUGUUUGUAAAUGAAUUAUGUGCAGAGUGAUGCUAGCAUGCCACUGUAAUAUCAAGCUUAAAUCCAUAUGUUAAAUCAGCUGGAAUCCAUUAGCAAUGUCAGGAUAUCACAGCCUUUUAAAACAUAGGCAGCGUUUGUCUCUUGCUAUGUUAUUGUUAGCCUUGAGUAAUUAAGUGCAAUGUGGAGACUAUGGCAGAAGUUAGAAACAGUUUAAUAGUAAUAGGCUGAUAUGCGACAUUAAGCCUAUGUGUAAUGUGUUUGAGCUGGUUAGUUAAAAUUAUACAAAACAGUCAGACAUCGCUGUCGAUCACUAUCACAGUCACGAUCACUAUUUAUUUUCUCAGUAUUACAUUGAAAGAGAUGAUCCUAUGCAUUAUAAACAUUGAUAACAAAUGAAUAUCCAAAUGAUCCGUUUAUUUUUGUACCUUUCAGAUCAGUCAGGCAGUGGCAGGGUAGCCAGUGCUGCUCGAGGCCCAAGGAUCCAGCCGGACGCCUCCCACAUCGCAUUUGGGUCGAGGGUUUUAGGACCCCCUCCACUGACCGGAAGGAAGAACAGUGGACUAUCAGAGGGACAGGACGGGAGGACACAGGACGGGCGGACACACCGGAGCAUGAAUACGGUAAUACUCCCCUGAGAAGGUAGCUUGCUGUCGAAACAUUGUUUGAUUUCAUAUAUAAAUGUAUUGCAUGGGAGCGCUAGAGUGUAUGUACACCUUCUCUCUUUUGAAUACCCACAUGAACACAUUUAUCAUACGAUGUGACUAUUUGCAUUUACCAAUAGUGUGAAAAUAAGUGUUGGGAGGAGCUGUUGUUAUUUUAUUGUAGCGCUGGCCCACUCUCCAAACAUAGAUAUUAUAUCCACUUUUUGAAGAGCAAACUUUACUCAACUAAAAGAUACCUUGUGAAUAGUAUUUUAGGUAUUCCUGCUUUGUUUCAAUUUUUCUCCCAAUAGUUUCAUGAUGAUAAGACUCAAAGGAUGUUGUUUUGAGGCACCAGAAGUUAUUUGGGUCUUUGAUGCAUUCUGAACUAUUUCUGUAUUAUUAUCCGCCUAUAAUAUCUCCCAUCAUUGGGCAGCCAGUGCUGUGUCAUCUAGGACGCCCGGUGAGAGAUCCACUCUGUGAUCCUCUAUUGUUUGUUGUUGCUUUGCUGUUUCUGUCUUUAGUGCUCUGAUUUUAUUUUCUCUAUCUUUUUUAUACCUCUCUGUCUCUCUCUAAAACACGCUCUCUCUCGCUCUCUCGCUCUAGCUCUCUGUUUGUCUCUCUGUCUUGGUCUCUCUCUCUCUCAAUUCAAUUCAAAGGGCUUUAUUGGUAUGGGAAACAUAUAUUUACAUUCUAAAUAGUAAAUAUCACACUCACAAAAGUUUAAAAGGAAUGGAGACAUAUCAAAUGGCAUGGCUGUGUACAGUGUUGUAACGAUGUGCAAAUAGUUAAAGUACAAAAGGGAAAAUAAAUAAACAUAUUGUUGCCCUUUUCUUGUGGCAACAGGUUGCAAAUCUUGUUCUCUCUCUCUCUGUCUCUCUCUCUGUCUCUGUCUCUCUCUCCCCUCCCUCCCUCUCUCCCUCUCUCUCUCCUUCUUUCUCUCUGUCUCAGGGGUCAGUCUCUGGUGCAAGAACAAAUAGAACAGCUGCUCCAGAGAGACAUCAGGAUCAUGGAGACUGGAGCGAGAAACAACCUGGUCCCAGUAGCCAGAAGAGUGACUCUGUUUAUGAGCUGGCAGGUAAGAACAACACUCUGUCGUCUGUUCCACACAAUGUCAGGUAAAGAUGCCAUUGACAUUUACAUUAAACUGAAAUGCUCAAAUAAACCUACAACAUUGUUUUACAUGUCGAUGUUAGGGAACCUUGUUGAACGGGAUGUUAUGACAAUACUUUUAGAACAUCAUAUUUGAAGUUGUUCAAGCUUAGAGAGAUGUGGCUGCAGCCAUAUUGAAACAGCAUCAGCCGCGAGCCUACUUUACUCAUGGCUUUUUGUGUUCAUUCAGCGAGCAAGGUCUAGCUGUGUUAAACAUUACAGUAGUUUUGACAUGGGCAUCAGAUCAUACUGUGUUUGCCAGCAAGCUAGCUAACAGCAAACAAGGUUAGUAAGCUAGCCAACUUAAUGGUAAUGCCCACAAUAAUUAAGUCCCUUUUGCAGGCAGAUUUUGUACACUAUUUAUUUUUUAUUUUUUUAUUUUUUUAUUUUAUUUAUUUAACCGUUAUUUAACUAGGCAAGUCAGUUAAGAACAAAUUCUUAUUUACAAUGACGGCCUACACCGGCCAAACCCGGACGACGCUGGGCCAAUUGUGCGCUGCCCUAUGGGACUCCCAAUCACGGCCGGUUGUGAUACAGUCUGGAAUUGAACCAGGGGGUCUGUAGUGAUGCCUCAAGCACUGAGAUGCAGUGCCUUAGACCGAUGCGCCAUGAAACGGUAUUCAAUAUUAUUUGCAUGUCAUACUACUACAGAAACCAUACAUUCCACAGUGUGCUUCCCACACUGACCAAUAUUCACAGACUUGACUUGGAAAUUGUGAUAUUCCAAUAAUUAUGUGCAAGAUGAGGGCAAAAUCUGAAAAACAACUUCCUCCUUAGUUUUGCCUAGCUUGCUUUAUUCAGCCCAGUUUGACUAAUUACUGCUCCCGUAAGAGAAGUUAAAUCAGUGUAUAUUUAAUGUACUUUCAACAACUGUCCUUUUCAACCAAGCUAACUAACCGUAAACACUGGUUCAUUAGUACAAUGGUAUGACAGAAUCAUUGACUCCCCAACGUUCAUCAUAGUUAUGGUUUCCCUUCUCAAUCUGAGUGCAUAAUCAAAAUAUUACAUAAUUAUGUCUGGUUAGCAUGCUCCUUUAUGUGAUAGUAAUUCAGUCGCACACUGACUCUAUACACUCACUGACCUAUAUUCUAAUAUAUUAGACUUGGUAAUGCAAUAGGUUUGGAGUGUGAUGGAGUGUAUAAGAAGAUCAUUAAAAUAUCUAGCGUUAGUUGUGCAUAGCUGGCUUUAUUUAGUCUGCUGCGCUCACUGUUGAUUGAUUGGAUAAAGCUCAUUUUCUGAAAUACCUUUUAUUGAGAAUGAGUGAUGGUUUUACUGUGGCAUAAUAUUCAGUACUCCAUAAGCUGUUCCGCUAGCCAUUAACAAAUUGUUAUCUGUUCAGGUUCUAAAGUUGUAUUAUGUGCUUGUUAGGCUAUUGUUAUAAUGCGUGUUUUGAAUGUAACCUCGUUGUGUAACGUACAGGGAAGCCAGGGAGCCUGCAGCCGCGACCACCUAAAGACAGAGCUUCAUCAGACAAGGCAGGGUCCAGGAAGCUACGGGUCCACAGUGCAGGGAAGGAGAAGUUGGCACCUGGAUCAGGUGAGCUGUGUAUGUAUUAUGAAAGCUUUAGAGAGCCUGUCUGUGUGAACUGGAUUGUGUGUCUAAGUGUGAAGUGUGUGAAGUCUAGUGGUCUUAGGGUAGCUGUCCUCUUUUCUGUUGUAAAUUGGACCCACAGAUGCUGGAUUUAGCCACCAUGGAGACAGGAAUCAACGACUUUUGACCCCCAGUGAGAUGAGUGGAGACCAAACAGCAGGUCAGACCCUGCUCUAAACUGACACACUUUUUAAAAUGGACACAGCCGGGCUCCGGUUAGUGCUUCUGUUUCUGAUUUGGGAGUGAAGUGAAGUCACUUUAACCCCUUUAUCCAGUUCCUACCCCAGAGCAGACAUCCAACCAUCACAAUCUGGAGCUACAGUAUGUGGCAGAUGGCUUAUCUGGCCUGACGCUUCCAAGGAUGGUUCUUACCAAGAUUUACUGUCAUCUACCUCAAUUAAUUGGCAAGUUUGGCCAACUUUAGCCAUUAGUAUAUUUGGCUCAGUAAUUUCCAGCUACAGUGAUAGUAGCCAGCUCCAGAAGUCUCACCCAUUUCUAGACAUUUUAUGCAGGAUCAUUGCUAAGGCUAUGAAAUACCUGUCUGAGUUUUUUUGUUAACCCCCCCACAGCCACACACACACACACACACACAUUGUGUCCCCCCCCCCCACAGCCCCACUCAAUGAACCCACAAACUGCACACUUUAUUUUCUCUAUGCACGUUUAUGGGCUGUUCCCAUCUCCAAAGGCCUGGAGCAGUCCCUGUACAGUGCAGGAGGCAGCACUGCAGCAGUACGUUCAUUGAUGGUAAUGGCACAUUAAAUAAGAGUCAGAGGGAAGUCCUGUGGGUUUGGCUCAGGGUGUUCCACACAGCAGCACAAUUAGAAAAGGUGAUUAUACUGUUGAGACAAAAGUGCGCUGAAUGUUCAUACACACUUCAUACCUCUGAACUACUAGGAUGCAUCCCAAAUGGCACACUAUUUCCUAUAUUGUAAGUAGCCUUGCACGAGCCAGAACGGCUCAUAGGAACAGGAGCCUAUCAGUAGCAUGAGGCAGCUUGAUGUACAAGUACACUCCCUGGACAGGACACAAGUCUAUCACAGGGCUUUACUCCCAAGCAGAAAAGCAUCAGGUCCCAUUUACAGUCUUUGGUAUGACUCGGCCUGGGAUCGAACUCCCAGCCUUCCAAUCUCUAGGCAGACACUCAAACCACAAGGCCACUGAAUGAGUAUUCCCUAUAUAGUGCACUACUUGUUUUAGCCAGAGCUCUAUGGGCCCUGGUCAAAAUAAGUGCACUAAAUAGGAAAUAGGGUGCCAUUUGGGAAGCUGCCAUAGAGCCUGACUAGCUGAAGGUAUUAGGAUUCAUUAUAGUUACGUUUGAUCUGAUGAGAGUCACUUGAACGUAGUGCAUGGAUGGGCUCUUGAGUGUGUGAAUCACAGGAGGUUGGUGACACCUUAAUUGGGGAAGACGGGCACGUGGUAAUGGCUGGAGCGGAAUAAGUGGAAAGGUAUCAACAUCAAACACAUGGUUUCCAUGUGUUUGAUGCCAUUCCAUUAGCUCCGUUCCAGACAUUAUUAUGAGCCGUCUUCCCCUCAGCAGCCUCCAAUGGAGUGAAUAAAUAUGAUGUGUUCAAAGUCUGAACCUCUUGAGUGGGACUGGACUCCAUUGGUGAACAUUUCACGGCGUACAUAUACAUACAGCCAAUGUCACUGUCUUCAAAAGCCAACGUUACUAUUAAUCAGCUUGGACGACGUGCAGUCAGGCCUCUGGAGCAGUGUGUUCCUGCCUUGGUGUUUUCUAAUGCCAGGGCCUGUAGACGGACCCCAUGGGCAGAGGUAUGGGUGUGUGAGCGAUGAUUCUGCAGCAGAAUGGCGCCCACACUACUAAUGAUGUCGUUUGUGUGCCGGCGGGUGAGCCCCACUCUGCCAAGGCAAAGCGUUUUUCUCCCUGCAGUCCCUCCCUGCAUACCGCAGACAAAUACAUUCGCAAUCGUUUUCAAUGCUUCAGCUUCCACUUAUGCAUAUUUGAAAUGCUCAUUAAGGCAUUAUGCCACUAUUAACAAAAAACAGACCAAAAUAUAUAUAUCUAUGCAGGAGUGGAAAUUAACGCGGGCCCGCUUUUGGCAACCAUGGCAUAAUCGAAUUCAUUUCAUUCUGCCGUACUGUGAUUAAGCAGUAGUUAUUUGCAUAUAUGAAAAUGAACCCAGGCAGGCAGAGAACAGCAGGAGGUUUUCCUGAUGAUGAAGAAAUGAAGAUGGAUCCAUUGAUCACUGUAAUAAGAUCUCUGUCAUUAUUCUGGAUUCAUCAUCACCAUUGCUCAUUGGCUCAGGAGGUGUUAUGCAAGAGGCGUGGGCUGUGUAUUAGCAGCCUACACACUCUGAUAUUGAAUACUCCUCAUGUAUUAUGCAAUCCAUUCACCUGAGGCUAGGCAUUGUGUUUUCAUUGUAUGAAGUUAAUAAGGUGGAACUCUUUCGUUUUAGUAUCAAAGAUACAGUUGUAGCUAACGAUCAAGGGACGAGCCAAUCAAGUGAACAAGAACCAUUGGAGAAGACAAUCAGGGCAGUCAUGUUUUUAUUGACUGUAAAGCUGUUGUUGUUGUUGUUCUUCUUCUUCUUCUCUUAGACAAGUUGUUGUCUCCCAGACCUGUUGACGAGGACAGAGCCUGUUUGGAGCCCUCCAAAUCUUCUCCAGAGCUUCUGUCUGGCCAGUCGACCCCUGUCCCUGACCUCCCCCCAUCACCAUUACCCCUGCAGGACUCGGACAGUGAUGACAGUGAAGGGGAGAGUGAUGUGGAUGAAGUCUCUGAGCCUCAGCUCUCAGUGGAAGACGUGUUCACCUUCUCUUCUCGGCCCCACUCAGCCAGGCGAGUCCAGAGACAAGGACAUGGAGACCAGGGCCAGGGCCAGGGACAUGGAGAGACCUGCUGGACUGAGGAGGCAGCUCAGGCCACGGACACCUACUGCCAGCAGGACAUGGGAGGGCACAGGGGGUCCAGGCCAGAGGACGACUUCCUAGCCAGCGAGAGUGAGGAGGUAUGUCUAUGUGUCUAAAACGACUGGGUCUGAUCCAGAAUUGCUGGAGGAUGAAGAGUACACACACACACAAGACCCUGUACCCCCUGACACCGUCCUCUCAACAUUAUUUUAUUUUCUUCAAAACAUUUAGUUGCUCUGGUACAUUUACAGUGGGGAAAAAAAGUAUUUAGUCAGCCACCAAUUGUGCAAGUUCUCCCACUUAAAAAGAUGAGAGAGGCCUGUAAUUUUCAUCAUAGGUACACGUCAACUAUGACAGACAAAAUGAGAAAAUAAAAUCCAGAAGAUCACAUUGUAGGAUUUUUUAUGAAUUUAUGGUGGAAAAUAAGUAUUUGGUCAAUAACAAAAGUUUCUCAAUACUUUGUUAUAUACCCUUUGUUGGCAAUGACACAGGUCAAACGUUUUCUGUAAGUCUUCACAAGGUUUUCACACACUGUUGCUGGUAUUUUGGCCCAUUCCUCCAUGCAGAUCUCCUCUAGAGCAGUGAUGUUUUGGGGCUGUCGCUGGGCAACACGGACUUUCAACUCCCUCCAAAGAUUUUCUAUGGGGUUGAGAUCUGGAGACUGGCUAGGCCACUCCAGGACCUUAAAAUGCUUCUUACGAAGCCACUCCUUCGUUGCCCGGGCGGUGUGUUUGGGAUCAUUGUCAUGCUGAAAGACCCAGCCACGUUUCAUCUUCAAUGCCCUUGCUGAUGGAAGGAGGUUUUCACUCAAAAUCUCACGAUACAUGGCCCCAUUCAUUCUUUCCUUUACACGGAUCAGUCGUCCUGGUCCCUUUGCAGAAAAACAGCCCCAAAGCAUGAUGUUUCCACCCCCAUGCUUCACAGUAGGUAUGGUGUUCUUUGGAUGCAACUCAGCAUUCUUUGUCCUCCAAACACGACGAGUUGAGUUUUUACCAAAAAGUUAUAUUUUGGUUUCAUCUGACCAUAUGACAUUCUCCCAAUCCUCUUCUGGAUCAUCCAAAUGCACUCUAGCAAACUCCAGACAGGCCUGGACAUGUACUGGCUUAAGCAGGGGGACACGUCUGGCACUGCAGGAUUUGAGUCCCUGGCGGCGUAGUGUGUUACUGAUGGUAGGCUUUGUUACUUUGGUCCCAGCUCUCUGCAGGUCAUUCACUAGGUCCCCCCAUGUGGUUCUGGUUGCUCACCGUUCUUGUGAUCAUUUUGACCCCACGGGGUGAAAAUGAUAAAUAAGAUCGAGGGAGAUUAUCAGUGGUCUUGUAUGUCUUCCAUUUCCUAAUAAUUGCUCCCACAGUUGAUUUCUUCAAACCAAGCUGCUUACCUAUUGCAGAUUCAGUCUUCCCAGCCUGGUGCAGGUCUACAAUGUUGUUUCUGGUGUCCUUUGACAGCUCUUUGGUCUUGGCCAUAGUGGAGUUUGGAGUGUGACUGUUUGAGGUUGUGGACAGGUGUCUUUUAUACUGAUAACAAGUUCAAACAGGUGCCAUUAAUACAGGUAACGAGUGGAGGACAGAGGAGCCUCUUAAAGAAGUUGUUACAGGUCUGUGAGAGCCGGAAAUCUUGCUUGUUUGUAGGUGACCAAAUACUUAUUUUCCACCAUAAUUUGCAAAUAAAUUCAUAAAAAAUCCUACAAUGUGAUUUUCUGGAAAAGAAAUUCUCAAUUUGUCUGUCAUAGUUUACGUGUACCUAUGAUGAAAAUUACAGGCCUCUCUCAUCUUUUUAAGUGGGAGAACUUGCACAAUUGGUGGCUGACUAAAUACUUUUUUCCCCCACUGUAUCUUCAAUAGAAAUUCUCAAUAAAAACCUCAACAAUAGAAACCUCUCAGAGAUUUUACAAUAGAAACCUCUCAGACACCCCAUGACCUUCAGAUCCCCUGAAUACGCAGUCCUACCACGCCACACAACAACUCCAGUUGGAGCUGCUUCCUAAAAGCAAUUGUUUGAAACUGAAAAAAAGCUAGAAUAUAAUAAUUUAUAAGGCACUCUAUGGGCAAAUAAAAGGACAGAUUUUAAUUUUAACCGAAGCAUAAACUAAGUGCCUAUAAUAACUAACUAUAACAGACAGAUUAUUCUUUAUUUCCUUUACACACUUAAAUCUUAUAUCUGAGACCAUUAGUGCAAAGUGAUUGUGAUGUGUUAUUGUCUCACAUAGCUAUCUUAAGAAGAAUGCUCUAAUUGUAAGUCGCUCUGGAUAAGACCGUCUGCUAAAUGACUCAAAUGUAAAAAACUGUUUACACAGCAAUGUAACCCAGUGAUAAAGAGCUGCUGAGGAGAAUUUUCCAAAUAAUGAGUACAAAGGCUAUUACCGUUAGAUGUAUUCAAAGGAAAACGAAUUGUCUUUACUGGUUCUAAAUUUAAGAAGGAAUAUAAUUAUUCUGAUUUAAGACUUUCAUUAAUAGUCAAAUUCAGUCCUUGAGCUGCUCAUCUUUCUUGGCUUGGCCUAAUGGAUUCCACAAGGAGAAAAAAGCAGUGAGGGUCAGUUCAUUUAUACAUUCAGUCCAUUUCUAUAUGAAGGAAACAAUGAUGAUUCAGUUUAGUUUUUUAUGGGUUCUGUAUGAGAAAUAUGAUUCAGUUUGUUGUGUGAGAAAAAUAUCACUCAGCUGGCUCAGAUUAGUUAACUUCCAUUACAUCUGGGAAUAAAAAUUGUUUAUCCUCAAUUCAGUUGUGUGUGAGAUAGAGAAAAAUAAUUUAGUUGUUGUAUUGAUCCGUCCCUCUCUCUCCUCUCCUGUCCUGAGGGAAAUCAGUUUCAUCUUCAACAUACAUAUGCUCUGCUACAGUUAAUUAGGCCACUUUGAUUGAUGUCUCUGGAACUGUGUGUGUGUGUGUGUCUGUGUGUGUCUGUGUGUGUAUGUGUGUGUGCCUGUGUGUGUCUGUGUAUGUUUCUUAGCUGCUCUGCUAGUCUCGAAGAACACAUUGUAAAACCCCUGGAGCUUUCUAUUUUUCUUUCAAUUCCCAUCUUGUUCUGUUUGCUUGUUUUCAGCCAAUCAUCUUACUCUGGGAGACCAAGGUUAAUUUGAAUAAACAACAGACUAGACAGUAGACACACAGCAUGUUUUAGGUAAUUCAUGUGUUCAAAUAUCCAACACCACAACUUACUACCAUAUCCACAGGUAGUCCCAGUUGGCCUUCAAUAAACUGUUAUUAAACACUGAAAAUAGCUUCCUCUUCUCCCUAACCUAUGUCUGAACCAAAAGACAGAUUGCCUAAAAAGUAUAACAUGCAAAAGACAGAAAAUACAUUGUUACCAGUGAGGGAAAGCAGAUUAUUAUUCUUAUUUACCCCUGAUUAUUACAAGAUAAUUCAUUCAUAUGGACAUACAUUUUUCAGAGUUGUCCACAUUCGAUGCCUCAUCCCAGUUGGAUCAUGCUUAAUAAAUGGCCUCCAUGCCAGAGGUGUUGACUCUAAACUGUGUGAGGCCUCUAUCACACCACUGACAUCAGUGCCUCACUCAAUGACAUGGGAUUCUGAGCAUGAAACGAAAAGCAACAGAAGAAAAAGAUGAGAGAGGGGUAAAAGGGAGGAAGAGGAGGAGUGAAGAAGAGUCAAUGGGGUUUGGGCUAGGAGUCAAACAUAACAUGCCCUAUCACCAGGUUUUCCUCAUUAGUGAACCAGGAACCAGAGCCAUCUGCUUUCAAACCAAACCUACCGAGACCAUUAGCCGGGAUGAAAGCCUAGCGCUUUACACUACUUUAAAGCUAUUUUAGCCACUGCCAGCUAAGCAAGACUAAUGUUGAGUCUUUUCAGAUAGCCUGCUGCCAUAGUUAAUUGCAAGUAAUUUGGGACGUGGGAUCCCAGCCCACGGCUAGCUUCCUGUAUGGUAUCGUACAGUACAACCUUAGCAGUUUAUUAGCUAGCUGGCCUGCACCCACAUUCUUUUGCAGUCAUCUGUGACAGGUUGUGCUAUAAUUUCAGUCUUGAGGCGGGCGUCUUUUUCUUUCAAGGUGUUGCGUCAGUGCCUCCUCUGUCCUUUUAGAUAUGCCUGCCUGGCUACCAUUACUCAUAUUCUAAUAAUAAAAUAAAAAAAGAAAUCCUAUUUGUAAACUGUUCCUCUCUGUAUCUCCCAGGAAGAGACCUACUCCAGGUUCCUCCAUCAGAGGUCCAGUGUCCCCCCCAGCCCUGGUACUCCUGGUGUUCCCCCCAGCUCCAUCCCUGGUAUCCCUGGAUCAUCAUGCCUAGAUGGGGACACUCUGCCCAGAGCACGGCCUGGAUCCAGUGGGUCCAGUGGUGCAGACCGAACAUUUACCAUAGAGCGAACCCUAACCCACACAGACCCUGCAGGGGGUAAAACCAGGCUGGCUUCCCACACUGACUCCCAAGCAUAUAGGAGAACACUAGAGGUGCCUGGGAUGGUCCCAACCCGCUGCCGGUCACCCAGUCAGGGCACCAGGCAGGGGCAGGGACACAGCAAUUUGGGCCAGUCUGGAACUGGGGGAAGAGGAGGGGGAGUGAGCCAGACUCAGGACAGGAACAACAGCAGGACAUCACUGAGCAGGAGAUCUCUACGAGAGAUCAUCCCCCGAGGAGACGCCACACUAGACAAGGUUAUGUACUGUCUGUCUGCAGCCAGGCAUUUAGUAUUCACAAUCACAUCCUUAUUAUCACACUGUCUUCUUCAAAAGCACUCACCCGCCCUGUGGGACAGAACAGAAGCACAUGAUUUACCAAGAGAGAUAAAGUUCUGCUGUUAACUCUGCCAUCUUCCAUUUCCUCCUCUACUUCUGAUGUUAUAAUUAAGUGAGCAGCUGUCAAGUGACUGUCAGUCCUGACUGUCUCUUGCCACUCUGGGAAGGAGGCCCUGGGAGGAAGGUCGGCCCUGGGAGGAAGGGAGGCCCUGGGAGGAAGGAGGCCCUGGGAGGAAGGGAGGCCCUGGGAGGAAGGAGGCCCUGGGAGGAAGGAGGCCCUGGGAGGAAGGGAGGCCCUGGGAGGGAGAGAGGGAUGAGAGGGAGGGAGCCCCUAGGAGAGAAGGAUGGGGUGGAGCGAGAGAGGGGGAGGGAGACCCUGUCUGAGAGUCUAAUUGAGCAGCCAGCCACAUGUCUGAUGCCACAACCGACAGGGAAUUACAGUUGUCAAAGCACAUCAGACGUGCCACCAUGUGAUUCCUCCCCAAGAUGACAGACAACUCAUCAGUAAAUUCAAGUUAUAGCCUAGUAGUCACAUAUACAGGACAUGGAUGUAUCAUACAUUAAGGGUGAAAGGAUAGCAUGUCCUCAUGUCCUCAUAUUUUCUCUUCAGUCUGCCUCAUAUUUUGCUUCUUCAAGCUGAGAUUCCUACUAGCUACUUGUGCCUAUAGUACUUUAUUAAUUUAAACCUAGAGUUCUCUGUGAUUGUUUUUCUUCAGUGCUCUGUGUUUACAGUAGUAUACUGUAUAGUAGUUUUAUCAAUAGAAAAGCACUUUGCAAUUUCCUGGACUUUCCCCCUCUGAAAACAUAGUAGUUACAAGUCUGCCUGUUGAAUUGUCCCACACCAACUUAAAAGAAAGCUCAGUUUUGAUACAGAUAGAUACAGUGAGUGUGUCUGUGCCACUUGUUGAUCCUCAUCAUCCCACAGCCAUAUCGCCAAAGCUAAAUAAUAGAUAGAAAACAAGGAAUCAGUGGCGUGGGUGGUGGGAUACACAAAAAGCGAGGGAGUGAGAAGAAAAGAGGGAGCAGUGUGCAUGUUGAAGGAGGGAUGUCUCAGUAGGAGAGAACAGUCAUUCACCUUGACCUCUCACAACAGAACAGAGCCCAUUGUUUAAUUAAAGAUGUGGGAUGUGUACCAAAUGGUACCCUAUUCCAUAUAAAGUGCAAUACUUUUAACCAGGGCUCUGGGCAAAAAUGGUACACUAUAUAGGGAAUAGAGUGCCAUUUGGAACAGAGCCGUGAGAGUCAAAGAGAAGUCUGAUUUCUCACUGAAAAGAGGAAGAGCGGUUUCAGGGAGGAGGAAUUGUCCCUUUUGAUAAAGGUUGGAUGUGACAGUCAUGUGGCUGCCUGCUUUGUGCCAGUCUUUCUUCUAUGGUCGGGGUUGACUCCUCUCCGAUGCUCAAGUGGUCGCAGUCAGAAUGGGCUUAGAUAGAAGACAGUGAGGAAGAGAAGAGAGAGAGAAGCUUAGAUAGAAGAAGAGCGAGUGAGGAAAUGUAGAGAGAAGCUUGUUAAAGGGCUUGGCAUCGUGCUGUUCAGCUUCUGAUGGCAUGAUGACAUGCCAUGUUGCACCCGCCUGUCUGCCUGUCUGUCUGUCUGUCUGUCUCUCCUCUCAUCCCUCUGCUCACAUUGAAGUGUGUGAUGUACAGAGCAGAGCAGAGCAGAGCAGAGCAGUGAUCUAAGAGCAGGUUUGUCAGUCAUGCUGUGCUGAGGAGAAGGAUUCUGCGAUGAGAAAAAGAGAGGGUGAGAGAGAGGGAGAGGAGAGUGGGGGGGAGGGGCUUAUCUGUCACACCUUGAGGCUCCCUCCUUUCCCUCCUUCCAGCCGCUCCUCCUAAGGGGAACCAGGGGAUCCAUGAUCAGAGGACAGUAUUUAGUAUUUUUUGUAGUAUUUUAUUAGGAUCCUCAUUAGCUCUAGCGGAUGCAGCAGCUACUAAUCCUGGGGUCCACAAAAGACAGGGGAGUGGAGGGAUCCCUAGCCCACAGAGGAGGCCUGCUGCCUGGGUCGCUGAUGAGGCUCAGACACCCCCCUCAACCCUCACCUCAUUGUAGUAGAACACAGCCCAGUGUGCUGCAGUCUUACAACCACUGACACACCCUGCUCCAUGUCCCAAGCAGGUAGCCCAGUGGAGGCUGUUGAGCUGUCCUCCCAUCACCAGCCUCGUCUGUGGUAGCUACUGAGCUAGCCUAUGGUACAGUACAGUCAGGGGCCUGAUUGAAACGUUGUCAGAGAGAGAGAAGACAGAGAUGAUUGUUGCGGUUCCCACUGGCCUGUGAGGCUCUCUUUCACGCCAGCAGCCAUUGAUCCUCUCUCAACCUCCAGGGUUGCCCCAGUCCUUCCUUUCGGACAAAGCCAGUUACCACAGUGCUCCAAGCCUCCAACUGAAUCGAUAGCUGGACAAGUUACUGUACACACACACACACCAGUCCAGCCAGCCAAGUCACAGGCCAGUGGGUGAUAUCCAAGCCUGGGCUGGGCCCUGCAUGGGUCCACUGAGACCUGCUGUUUUAAACACACUGAUUACUUCUCUUGGUUACACUUACACAGGGGUUGGUUGGGCUCAGGUCAUUGACCUGUUUCUUCUUAUUGGACGGAUCAAACAAAACUUGUUAUUUGUGGAUGUGAUGAAAAAGGAUGGUUGGGAUUCUAGGAAUUUGGGGCAUGUGCUUGAUACACACCAUGGUCAAACCACAAAGCCCAUUAAAAAAGCUGUCAAAUUCCUUUACUGUAAUGUCUGGAAUGAAGUGUGUAAUCAAUAUUGGUUUUGUUUGUUGUUGUUGAUUUAAAGGAGGGUGAGGAGAGGAGGGAGAGAAGGCAUGAGCCUGUUGGGUCCAGUAGCUGUGAUUUGCGUCUGUUGGACAGCCUGCGUAUGCAGGAAGAUGAGGAGGAGGAGCUACGUAUGCUGGCCAGUCUACGGCGGGAGCAGGAGGAAGAAGAGGAGGGGGGAGGAGCCACAGGUCUCAGUGCCUCUCAGAUCCACCAAUGUAACGUCAGCAUCAGCACCAGCAGUGAUGACACAUCCACCUGGACACACAUACCUAUGGUGAGUCAUGUACUCCAAAGAUGGUGGAUAAAUGAAGAUGUCUUACUCAGGCCAUUUGCCAUUGACGUAGGGGGAUGGUGUUGCUCAUUUCAUACUCACACACUGUAAUUUGCAGAAAGCAAGGAAGUGGGCCCAGAUACCUAUUAUGCCUUCCUUUGUCCUUAAGCCCUUAUUUGCAGGCAGCUCUCCUGAGUGAUAAUACGAGGUGCAAAUUGAGCUUAUUCAAACAAGCUGUCUCUCUUUCCCAGGCUGCUCACCUUUGUUGUGGAAAACUCGAUCCAAAGAUUAGGCAGAGACUAAUUUUAUUGUAUAAUAGUGAAUAUUUUAAUCAAGAAGCUGCAGGUGAGAUCCACCUCUGAUUCCACAGGGAAGAACUCAAAGAAUAAAUGGUUACAUGUCCCUUAAUCAAAUUGUUUACACAACAGUUAUUUCAAUACAUCAACCGUUCCGGAACACAAUGGCCUAGUGUUAGGGUGCAGACAUACCAGGAGUCUAUGAAAGGCAUAACAUCACAGUCCAACACAGAACAAUAACAUAACCCUUGAGAAGUUACAACAGCUCACCCCAAUUCUGCUAGAACACCUGAUGUGCUGUAGUCAAAUUGCUGCUUUUCGACUGUAACAUCAGUGUUACACUAGUGUAUACACCCUUAUGUUAUACUAGAGAAAUUGUGUUUCCAUAGCUAGGCUGACCGUGAGGACUUGUGACGAGCAGAAUCAACAACCUCUGCAUAAUCAAAAUAGUUGCUUUGUGAGAAGGUGUUGAAGUUCACAAUUAGCCAAUGUUAUGUACAGUGGGGGGGGGGAGUAUUUAGUCAGCCACCAAUUGUGCAAGUUCUCCCACUUAAAAAGAUGAGAGAGGCCUGUAAUUUUCAUCAUAGGUACACGUCAACUAUGACAGACAAAUUGAGGGGAAAAAAUCCAGAAAAUCACAUGGUAGGAUUUUUUAUGAAUUUAUUUGCAAAUUUUGGUGGAAAAUAAGUAUUUGGUCACCUACAAACAAGCAAGAUUUCUGGCUCUCACAGACCUGUAACUUCUUCUUUAAGAGGCUCCUCUGUCCUCCACUUGUUACCUGUAUUAAUGGCACCUGUUUGAACUUGUUAUCAGUAUAAAAGACACCUGUCCACAACCUCAAACAGUCACACUCCAAACUCCACUAUGGCCAAGACCAAAGAGCUGUCAAAGGACACCAGAAACUAAAUUGUAGACCUGCACCAGUCUGGGAAGACUGAAUCUGCAAUAGGUAAGCAGCUUGGUUUGAAGAAAUCAACUGUGGGAGCAAUUAUUAGGAAAUGGAAGACAUAGAAGACCACUGAUAAUCUCACUCGAUCUGGGGCUCCACGCAAGAUCUCACCCUGUGGGGUCAAAAUGAUCACAAGAACGGUGAGCAAAAAUCCCAGAACCACACGGGGGGACCUAGUGAAUGACCUGCAGAGAGCUGGGACCAAAGUAACAAAGCCUACCAUCAGUAACACACUACGCCGCCAGGGACUAAAAUCCUGCAGUGCCAGACGUGUCCCCCUGCUUACGCCAGUACAUGUCCAGGCCCGUCUGAAGUUUGCUAGAGUGCAUUUGGAUGAUCCAGAAGAGGAUUGGGAGAAUGUCAUAUGGUCAGAUCCAAAGAAUACCAUACCUACUGUGAAGCAUGGGGGUGGAAAUAUCAUGCUUUGGGGCUGUUUUUCUGCAAAGGGACCAGGACGACUGAUCCGUGCAAAGGAAAGAAUGAAUGGGGCCAUGUAUCGUGAGAUUUUGAGUGAAAACCUCCUUCCAUCAGCAAGGGCAUUGAAGAUGAAACGUGGCUGGGUAAUUCAGCAUGACAAUGAUCCCAAACACACCGCCCGGGCAACGAAGGAGUGGCUUCGUAAGAAUCAUUUCAAGGUCCUGGAGUGGCCUAGCCAGUCUCCAGAUCUCAACCCCAUAGAAAAUCUUUGGAGGGAGUUGAAAGUCCGUGUUGCCCAGCGACAGCCCCAAAACAUCACUGCUCUAGAGGAGAUCUGCAUGGAGGAAUGGGCCAAAAUACCAGCAAUUUUCCACCAUAGUUUGCAAAUAAAUUCAUUAAAAAUCCUACAAUGUGUUUUUCUGGGAAAAAAAAUCUCAUUUUGUCUGUCAUAGUUGACGUGUACCUAUGAUGAAAAUUACAGGCCUCUCUCAUCUUUUUAAGUGGGAGAACUUGCACAAUUGGUGGCUGACUAAAUAUUUUUUUCCCCCACUGUAAUUGCCAGCUGAAAAGUACCAGUGGCCUGGCUUUGGCCCCAAGUGAGAGCAGGUCCGCCGGAGCCAUGGCCUGCCGGCCCGCAUAGUUGGAAACAGAAAAGUCUGAGCCUUUUGGGUAAAACACUGGGGUAAAUCUUGUGUGGAAAUGUGCCAUUAUAGAGUAAUGAGUUAAAUACAGAGAACCUAUGCACUCUGUAGUAACAUAUGUAGCCACAGCGCCCCCAUCAGGCAGAUGAGGGAGGUGCACUGAAGGUUUUUGUUAUUACGCAGAUUGUGAUUUCACAUAAUACUGUAUGAGAUAGUUAGAAAAGAUAACAACAUACUAAAUGUGUGUGGUGGGUAUGUUUUUAUGUUUUUAGUCUCUCGUGACUGACAGCCUUUAAAUUAAAAUGUUAGCGGACAGCGUUCAUGUGAGACUUUCUUCUUGGUGCCGAGAUUAGUAUCUGAAUGAUUAUAGCAUCGCUAGUAGGUUAUGACGUUCUCUUUUCCUCAUCCGUUGUGUUCUGUUGUUCUCAGCCAGCCAAUCAGGGCCAUCACUACCAGAAGGAAAUGAACCCACUCUUACACUCCAAUCCAAGGUGAGCAUACCUCAUAUCUCUCUCCCCAAAAUAAACAAUACAAAAACAAUGUUUUGUCUUUUAGAAAGGGGCAGCGGUUGGGUGGAGGAGGUGUUGUCCUUUUUGAAUUUCCUAACAAUACAGGUCCUCAACUGUUUAAAUGUAGCCAAUAUGUUCAGCCUGUAAGUGAUGUAACCUCCCUUUCCAUCAAAUCCCUUCCGUAACGUUAUCUAUGAUGGGAAAUGAAAUAAUUCACUGCGACCUGAGGUGAGAAUGGAUGGAGGGUGCAUUCAUUCUAUCUGUCUAUUCAGAGUCAGUCAAGAGACCCAGGGCAUAGAACCCUUCCUGACAAGCGUA